AUGGAUCUAAAGCAUCCGGAGCUCUGUCUUCAAGACUCGUUCAUCGGCGGGGAGUGGGUCACUUCGAAGUCGAAGCAGCGCUUCAGGAUUAUCACAGAUCCGGCAACGGGAGAAGUCGUCGCAACAUGUCCACAGAACGACGCGUGCGAUGUCCCGAGCGCUGUUGUGGUAGCUCAGGCAGCGUUUGCCGUCUACUCAAAGCUAACCCCAAGAGUUCGAGCUCAACGCCUCUUAGCUUGGUCUCAACUGAUCGAAGAGCACCGUGAAGAUCUCGCUAAUUUGCUGACAUUGGAGACUGGGAAACCACUUUACGAAGCCCUCGCUGAGAUUGAUUAUUCAAAAUCAUUUCUCUGGUGGUUCGCGGGCGAAGCUGAGAGAAUUCAAGGCAUCACAAACGUGUCAUCGACUCCUGGCCGACGUAUCUUCACGAUAAAACAGCCGGCCGGCGUCUCGGUGGCUCUGGUGCCUUGGAAUUUCCCUGUUGCCAUGGCGGUCAGGAAGGCUGCUACGGCGCUCGCCGCAGGCUGCACCAUGAUCGUCAAGCCCUCAUCUGAAACGCCGUUAAGCACCCUGGCUGUAGCAAAGCUAGCUCAAGAUGCCGGCUUCGAAGCAGGUGUACUCAAUGUUCUGACGACGGAUCUUGCAAACACCCCAGCCGUCAGUGAGGCUCUUUGCAAGCAUCCACUGGUAAAGAAAGUAACCUUCACGGGCUCAACGAGGGUCGGAGAGAUCAUCGCACGCCACUGUGCGGGUGGGAUCAAGAAACUCACCCUUGGACUGGGCGGAAAUUGUCCAUUCAUAGUCUUUGACGAUGCUAACCUCGACCAUGCCGUCGACGCUCUGAUGGCUUUGAAGUGGCGGAACGCUGGCCAAGCUUGCAUCUCCUCAAACCGGGUGUAUAUCCAGCGAGGUGUGUAUGACAGGUUCGUCCACGAAUUUGUCGGCAGAACCAAGGCCCUUCGGGUUGGGCGGGGCAUGGAUCCAGCCACGAAAAUCGGUCCCCUAACCGUCCCCCAAGGCAUAUCAAAAGCACGAUUGUUUGUGGAAGAUGCAAGGGCUCGGGGGGCACACAUUGCCUGUGGCGGAACUGACCUGCCAGAACUGGGUCCCUUCUUCUUUCAGCCGACAGUUCUUACUCAUGUGACCGAGGAGAUGUUGGUCUUCAAGGACGAAUGUUUCGGUCCGAUUUGCCCGAUAGCACCUUUUGACUGCGAAGAGGAGGUUGUCCAAUUGGCCAACAACACUUCGAUGGGACUGGCUUCGUAUUUUUUCACGAAAGAUGUCGACCGUGCAUGGCGCCUCCUUGAGAACUUGGAGUCUGGGAUGAUUGGAAUGAACACCGGCAGUAUAUCGGCCGCGGAAAGUCCUUUUGGAGGCAUCAAAGAAUCUGGCUACGGCAAGGAGAGUGGACCUGAGGUGGCAAUCAAUGAGUAUCUCGUUUCCAAAACUAGCACUUUGACCAUAGAUGGGCAUUUUUAG